AUGAUACAUUGUAUUGUAUUUAGUCUUUUGAUUUCUGUUGUUAUGGGUUCUUCACCUUCAUUAAAUCUUACACAAUCGAUUGCAUUACUAGUUGAAAAUACACUCACAUCAACGUUAUCAUUGAUUAGUACAUUGUUUGUUGCUUAUUCAAUGGUGUAUCUUCGGUUACUAUCUAAAGGAAUAUCAAAUCAAAUGAUUUUCUGUUUAUUAUGUUGUUCAUUUGUGAAUCAAUGUGUUGUUUUAGCGACGUUAUUUAUUCUUCAAACAUCACAAAUGGUAGCAGAUAAUACAUGUAAGUUUUUUGCUAGUGUUUUACAAUUUACAGAUUUAAGCCAAUGUUUUUGGAUUUUGGCUAUUGGUGGACAUAUUGGCAUGUCAUAUUUUAUCAAAAAUAAUUCAAUUAAAAAGAAUUAUUUUGUUUGUGCAAAUAUAUUUGUUUGGGGAACUAGUUUGGUUUUAAGUAUUAUCCCUGUGAAUAAUUAUGGAAAAAGUGAUAUUUGGUGUACUACAAUAAGUAAAUAUUGGGAUUUCUUUACAUUAUACAUUUUUGUCGCAGUUGUUGCAAUACUUGUUAUUAUCAUUUAUGCAGCAAUUAUUAUAAAGAUUAUUUUAACAAAUAAAAAUAUGAAAUUACGUUAUUUGUUUACAUAUAAUAAAAAUGAUGAUGUUCAAUCUUAUGAAAUGGUCUCAUUAGUAAGAAAAAUGGCUAUAUAUCCAUUUCUUUAUAUCGUUUGUUGGAUCGUUCCAUUCUUUAAUAGAUUAUUACCUUUAUUUAAAAUAACGCCACCUUUCUGGAUGGAAUACGUCCACUGCUUCACUAUUCCUUUAUUGGGAUUUGUUAAUUGUUUGUAUUAUGCUAACGAUGUUUCUUUAAUUGUACGUUGGAGAAAUUAUUUUAGAAGUUGGGGAAUGUGUUUUACUUGCAUUGGUGAUGAAGAAGAAUUAAUCAAUGAAGAUUAA